GGAGAGCAAGAAGACAUGGAGUUGCCUUUCUUUGACGUUGCCACAAUUGUUCGUGCCACUAAUGAUUUCUCAAGUGACAAGAAGCUUGGCCAAGGUGGUUUUGGACCUGUAUACAGGGGUACACUGGGAGAUGGGCAAGAGAUUGCUGUCAAAAGGUUAUCUGAGGCAUCUAGACAAGGAUCGGAAGAAUUCAAGAAUGAAGUUAUAAUGUGUGCGAAACUUCAACACCGGAAUCUUGUUAAAGUCCUUGGCUGUUGCAUUCAAAGAGAGGAGAAAAUGCUCAUCUAUGAAUACAUGCCCAACAAAAGUUUAGAUACCAUUCUUUUUGGUAUGUUUUCGAAAAAAUUUGAAACCCAGCUUUAUGAAAGUCUUAAUUUGUUUCAAGUUCAGAUUUAAUAUAACUAUGAAACUUGACAGAUUUUCGACAAAGU